UUGCAGGCAGAUAAAGCGAGCACACUGGCCAGCUCUGAUGCUAGCAGCUACAAGUUGCAUCCAGCAAAAGCCAGAAUUCCCCCCAGUGAUGCAGAUCAUGAGGCCAGCACCUCACAGGCAGAUUACAUGGGGAGCCAAAGUUGGAGUGAGAACCAAUCAGGCCGGAUGGAGCCAACUGGUGACAUGGGUGGUUCAGAGGGUUCAGAUUUGGACGAGUUGCAACUGGGAGGCAAAUACAGCAGUGGAUCCAGAGGGUUGGGCAUUGGCUCAAGGAGUGUGGGUCCUUCUGCCUCAGCUGGCACUGCCCCAAGCUGUGUUGCAUCCACUCUUGGUCAUGCUGUGCAAGGCCCAGCGAUAUCUACACCCAAUCACACCACUCAAGUGCCAUCUACAACUCAGGGUACAUUCAUUGUACCAACUUCCUCAGUUGCAUCUCGUCCUCGUGUGAGGCCACGUGUAACUGGGUUAGUGGUCACCAGGGAUGCAGCCAGAGAAGCCACCAGGGAGGUCAUGAGGGAAGCUAGUCCUCCAGAACUGCCUCGUUUCCUACCACACACAAAGAGAGGCCAGGGGGGAAGGUUGUAGGUGUGGAAUAACACUG